ACAAAACAAAGAAGUCUAUGCAAUCUAUUUACGAAGACGUGUUUAUCGCAACUGCAAUAACAAGAAAAGCAAAGAUGGUGUACGUUGAGAGAUGUUUAGUGAUGGUUGAAGAUUUAAUGUCUUUGAUACAGGCUCUGUCAUCGGAUGCAAUCGAUAUCGUCACGAAUUUGAUGCAGAGUAUUGCCAGUCUACUUAGUCGCAUAUCAGCAUGUUUGGCCCUCAUAUUAGAUGUCAUACGAAACGCUGCAUACUUGGAAGAUUAUCUAAAAGGAGUUGUUGGUUGUUCCCACACGACUCCGCCAACGCAAGUUCACGCUGAAGAGACUGUCAAAGUUGACGAUGCACAGGAACCGACGCCCCUUGGCAACACGAAUGACAAAUACUCAAAACGAUCGACAGAAGAUGGUGUUGCGAUAAUAUACCCCUCACACAUAGCUAGUCGGUCUAUUGAAAAGGAAACAACCGAUUGUAUUAAAGCAAGAAGCGUCAGCAGAUCACCUAAGAUAAGAAUGGGCACUCGUCCUUUGAGACAAUCCCCGACAGAUGUUGAUUUCUUUGACAUUGAUUCUAAGAUCUAUAAUACCAUGCGACGCCAACGUUUGACCACUAUGCCAAAAAUAAAGCAUGGAAUCUCUGCGUUGAAGCCUCUAACACGUGAUGCCCCGAUGCUCGACAUCCACGACAUCCCCGAUUCAAACGUAUGCUCCGAGUCUACUCCAAGUGAAAUUGUUGACAUGAGCGAUUCCACUAGCAUAACAGAAACAACUCCCCACAGGACAGUUGAGUCAAAGCACGAAGCGAAUAGACAAAAUACAAGGCAACAAUCGCCAAAGAAGUCACUCGCGAAACGGAUAAGGAAGUUCUUGACGCCUAAAAAGUUGAUUACAUUUGGAAGGAACUUGAAAAAUCCCUAUAUCACUUUAGCAAAUAGAUACUGUACAUACAUCUUUUCUUGACAUGUUUUGAUACCAAUUGUUGUUAUAUGUUUUUAUUAUUAUGUUAAAUACUUUGAUUGAUUAAAUGUAUGUAUGUUUGAAUGUAUAACUGCAGUAAUAAAUUGUGAUUGCACGUA